AAACACUAGCUGCAUGUCCGCCUCCCUGCCUGGCCUCAUCUCUAGCAAUACUCACGCAAGUUUCACACAUGCUAAUAUUAUGAGGAACAGAAACUAACUGACAAUGAGCACAAUGUACAGUUUUGCUUACUGGCAGCUGAACUAAGGAAGAUAUCUAAGGCAUGCUGGAUUUGGAAUAGACAUUGCUGUUUCAUCCAGGGUUGGAAGCCUUUUGCGUUGCAGUAUGACUCAUAACUUUCGUGUUGUGUGGUACCACAUUUAAGUGUCAGUCUGAUGGAGAAAACAGCAGGUUUUGUAUCUUCAGAUGUAGAGUCGAGCCUCUAUCAACGUGUUCAUGCCAUGCUCAGAGAACUGGAUACACACUCACAAGCUGUCUCAGCAUGCAAUAAAGGUAUGCUAAGAUGGACCCUACAUAAAAAGGUGGAGAAUAAUCCCUCGACUAGCCUCUUUCUACUGAGGGUUCUUAUUAAGGAGCUUGAAAAGGCAGAGAGGAUUGACUGUAAAAUUCGCAUCAUUCCUUUGCUGCACACUCUGGCCUAUGUAGUAAUACAGUCUGCUUACAUUCCAGACGAACUGUGUGAAAGGAUAUAUGUAUGCCUAAAACGUCUGGUUACACUACCGGAGCCUUACUGCACUGUGGGCCUUAACUAUGCUAAACACAUGAAAAUAGAACAGAACAUUCCAGGUGCGCUGUAUCAGAGAAGAGUCAUUGCUGAGCACAGCCUAAAGAAUGAACAUUAUCCUCUUCGUGAGAGAGUGUUGGUGUUUGCAGAUCCAGCCGUGUUUCCUGAGACACUGUUAAAUGCAGUGAGGGCUGAUGUUGAGUGUGGGGCUUUGGACUGGGACACACAGACCCCUCAGCGGCGGGUUAUACUACAUACACUACAAGCUAGACUGGGGAAAGCGUGCUACGGGAGACAACUUAAACAAGCCCUGGAGGAUUUAGGUGAAGACAUGGAAAAAUACUUCCAGGAUGUUGUUGCGACUGUAGAGGAAAGAAUAAUGGACGGAGGUUCAGAAUAUGACCAGUACAACACAAGAUUACAGCAACUCUACGAUGAAAUCAUUUACUCUGCUAGCACAGAGCAAUCAUGUCCUGCCAGUCUGGUUGGAAUUCCACUACCAAGUCCGGAGGUUAGCUUCCAUGUCUGGACAAAAGAAGAUGAUAUAUGGAACGAGAUGAUAAACUUCACUCUAAUGCUGAGCUCUUCGAAUCGGAACUCUGCAUGUUUCGAAGAAGAUAAAGACUCCAAACAUGCUUCCUUCAUCUCCACCAUAUCCAUAGACAGUGGCAUAGAGGGAGAUUUGCCCUUAAACGAGUUCUCCUUUCUGAUGGUUGAGCCCUCUGGUGGGCUGGAGGUCCAGGAACAGCAGAAGAGUUUACCGUUUUCCAGGAGGCCUUGCGUGAGGUGGCCAAAGGCUGGGAACAGAACGACUUUAAUGAUGGAGGCCAUUAAGGAAAGUGGAGGAACAGGGGGAAGUGGAAGUUCUAUUCUUAAAGAUGAGAGGAACUUCACUGCUCGUGUUGUGAUCAUGGGUGAUGACAGCACUCUUGGUAGGCUGGCCAAGGCUUAUCACAGUAUACGGAAAAAGGAGAUGCGGAAUUUAUUUCUGACAAAGAGAGUCAACUUGGAAAUAUACUAUAUUCCUGUCACUAGCCAGUCCAAUACAGCUUCAUCAGUCCAGGAUGUUUCCAUUCAGGAAAACGCUACAGCAGAUGUAGACAGGCUUACAGUUGCAGCAUCCUUGGGUGGUGUGGAUCCAUGGUAUGACUCCAACAUUAACAGUUUGGGAGCCAUGAUCCUGAAACUAGCUGAAACGCACUCCAGUGUGGUUGGGUCUUCAGAGCCCAACUCCUUUCUUUUGGACAUCAUCUCAUACUACACACGCACAGCACAGCAGCCUGUCCACAUCCCCAUCUACUCUGUUAAGAUUUCCUUCUCUGGUUUAGAUUCUAAAGUUGUGGAGGAGGUGUUUGUGUGUCAUCUUACCAUGGACUUUCCUGGAUUAAAACCUCUGAGAGUUACAUUUAAAGACACAAUCAGGGGAUCAGUACGGUAUAAGAAAAACAUGCAUGACGAGUAUGGUGUAGUUGUGGCUGUCAACUACAGAAAGGCCUCCAUAAGCAAUCGAGAAGUGGACAGAGGAAUGUCUUUAAUAAUGUGUGGGAUGUCCAUCCGUGCAGAUCCGCCCAGUGGAACCAAAAGUCUUGAAAGUCUCAGUGUAGAUUUCCGCGAUGCAAAUCCUACCAGAGCUCCUAUGCCUACCCUUAGAGUGACCAACAUUUGCAUCAGAGCCCUGCAAGAGAAAACAUUUACUGUAUGCCUGGACAAAGACCCGUGUAGGACCUUCAAACAUGUCCAGAGCAUAGAGGUGUCUCCGUGCACAGACCCUGGAUACUCUCUUCAGAAGAGCAAGUCUAAACACAGUCUGAUGGAGGACGACUCGGGACUGAGCAAAUUUCUGAGCAAGACUUUCUCUUUACCCAUAAACACCUUCUCUGGAGCUUCUCAGUGACAAUAAUGCAACAAUCAUGCACACUCCUGCUACUGAUCAUGAACUCUACAGAUUGAAAUUACAUACCUCUGUGCAUGUGUCUAUGUCUGUGCAUUUGGCAUCUCACCCAAUACAGGCAGGUAAAAACACAAGUAAAGUACAACAGUUUUUUUUUUGUUAUUGCUAUUCUGUGUCAGAUUGUGAAUACCUCUGUAUGAUGUCUUUUUGAUUAUUUAAAUAGUCUUAACAUCCCAAUAUGGUUUUGUGUCAAUCACUUCUAUAGAUACUCCAGAUACAGCCUUUAAUUUACUAAUAAUUUCUGCUAUAAAAGUAUAUCUAAAUACUAUAUGUUUAGAAGAUAGUAGGUAUUCACAGUGGGUCGGUAUUAGGGUGCAUCUUUACUCAUUUCCUAUUCUCCUUCAUAUAAUUCACAAAUUAGACAAGUUAGAGAAAGAAAGAAAACAAGCACCAUAUGCAUGAAAUCACUGAGAUAAAAGAACACACAAAAAAAUAUUUAUAUAAAAGAAAUAUUUAGACACUUCGGCUGUAAGUAAAACUCACAUGAGCGAUAUACACACAAAUUUUAUUUAUUAGUCAGUUUGAUGUAGGGUAGAUUUGCUAAUACAUGUGGAAAUAUUUAUUUUUCAUAACCAAAGAUAGAUGUCAUUUACAUCUUGCACUCUGAUGCCAUUCUGUUGAUAUAAUAUCAAAUGGGUGACAAGUCAGAGGGAAAAACAUCAUCUUAGUAAGCAGCUGGCCCUCCAUGAAUCACCAAAACAGCUUUGGUAUACAUUUGACAUGUCUCUGGGAUUUUUUCAAAAUAUAUUCCUUCAGUUUUAAGGAUAGGGGAGAACAGCUCUCCAUAACAUGUCAAUGCAAAAUGUGUUUAAAUGGGUACAGAACUGGCAAUUGUGAAGGCUAGAGCAGGAAAAUACAGUAUAUGGAGGUCACUCUUAUUUUUGCACAAAAUAAGAAUUUUGUCUGUGCAUGAAAAUGGCUACAUAUGAUGUCCUAUCUGUAAGCCGUCAUGUCCUGCAUGUCUACUUCUUGCCAUAUAAUGGAGGAUAAGACAGAUGCAAUUGCAGACAAGAGCUUUAAUGAAGAUUUUUAUAUCCAGAGGGCAAGGCAAAAGAUAAACAAAGACAGGCAGUGGUCAGGCAUACAGGCUGCCAUGACAUGACACUUCUUGUAAUCUGAAUUAUGAUCUUCAUAACUGCUUCCAGUCUUGCCAAGUUCUCUCUUUAAUAAGAACUUAAGUCCAACAAAUGAACACAUGAGAUAUAGUUGAUAAUUGUACCUGCUCCAUACAAAUCCUGGUACAUUUCCAUUUAAACCCUAUCGGCAUCAUGACCUAAAUAUGACAUUUUAACACCAUAGAAUGUCUUUAUUUUCUUCAGCAGAUCUUGAUGCACCUCUUAGCCAUGAUGUGUUGUGCUUGUUCAAAACCUUUCUACAACAGUCUACAUUUACUGUCUAGUAAAAUUGUUAAUGAAUGAUCUCAGUAGUGGUUUACACUUGAAAUACACAAGUUUCAGGGACGUUGUCCCCCUUGUGGCCUAAACACAUAGUGGACAGAUGCACAGAUAGCACAGUGUUUAACAUAAGAACAUUUUAUCAUGCAUGUCACACAUUAUUGUAUUAUUUUAUGUUUCUCACAAAAAUGUUUUUAGUUAUUCCAUUAUGUUUUUGUUAUUCCACUAGUGAACUGAUAUGAAAAUGGUGUGCAUCUCAAGCAUGUACUGAAGGCAGUACUUUAGAUCAGUGGUUCUCAAAGUGUGAUCCAGGGACUGUAAGCAUAUCAAAGGGGUCUUUAUUGUUUUUGCAAUGGUGGAAUUCAUAACCCAUCAUUUAUUCAUCUUCAGUAACCACUGUAUUCUGAUCAGGGUCACCAUAACUCCGGAGCCUAUUGCCAUAACACUUGGCGCAAGGUGGGAGAAUUCAUCCCGGAUGGGAAGCCAGUCCAUUGCAGGGCACCAUUUACACACACAUACACACACCCUUAAGUACACCUAAUGGCAAUGGACAGUGGAAGGAAGCUGCAGAAACUGGAGAAAACCCAUGCAAACAUAUGAAGUACAAUAUGAAAUGCUGCACAGAUAGUAACCUGAACUCGGUAUUGAACCCAGAAUACUGGAGCUGUGGGUUUAAUCCAAACUUUAAUCAUUCAAAGCCAAGUAGGCUUAUAAGUAAUAUCAAAUUGGUGGAAAAUUCAUGGAUAAAAUACAAUCACUGCAUCCGCAAAGCCACCAGUAUUGUGGACAAUCCUUCUCACCCCUCUCUUCACCCUCCUGCCAUCUGGAAGAAGGUACAUGAGCAUCUGUGCCACCCCCAGCAGUCUCUGCAACAGUUUCUUCCCUGAGGCAGUCAGAUUACUCAUCACCCUGCUUCCUCCCAAUAGUCACCUGGUCUAGUCAAACUCCUAACCCAGUAAGACUCAGUAUCACUGCACACCGCACUUUACAUAGCUGCAUCAGUCACUUUGUACAUUCCUGCUAUACUUAUUGCUGCUAAAUUACACAAUAGUUUACAGUUUACAGCCCAUGUUCUGUGAAUUUGUGUCCUGUGUAUUCACUUUCCUGUUGCUCUGUUUUGUGUAUUUAUUGUCCUGUACUCUUCUCACACUGUUGUGUAGUGCACUUUAUGAAGUCUUGCGUACUGUUCUGUAUUGCACCAUGGUCCUAGAGAAAGACAUUUCCCUGGUGAAAAAACAACAACAAUAGAAGCCAUCACAGAAAUUCUAACGUUUCCACUACAAAUACCAAUGCAAGCAUCAGCUAACCAUUACUACUAUUACCAUUGCCAUUAUUGGUCCUUAAUGGUAUCUACUAGACAUAACAUGCCCCUCAAAUUGAUGCAAUCCUCGAAAAUCCACCCUCCAGCCCGUAACCCGGAAAUCAAGCAAAGUCAACCAUCUUGAAGGAAAUAUCAGUUCUCUAAUUACAUUGCAAGGAGGCAAGGAGUGAGGAAGCUUCCAGAGGAGCUAGGAGUGAGGAUACACAGGUUUAUCCUAUGCAGAAGUGUUUUUAUUGUCGAAAAACUUGAUGCACAUAUAAAUACCCCUCCUCCUUCACAUCUGCCACAAUCUCAAACAAAACGUCCUUUGUUGAUGUGAUGGAAUUUUAUGUGAAAUAUAAUUAAAUAAUAAUAUGCCUACAA